GACCGAUGACCCUUCCCUUGUUUAUCAGCGUGCUGUUACUCAAUCAGUCGACGAUCAGACCAUGUCCGAGCAGAACUGCCAACCCUGUUCCGUUGCCGACUUCGAGAGGUUCGCCAGGGCGAAGUUGCCGUCUUCGGCCGCUGGCUACUAUCGAAGUGGGGCCUGCGGGGAGCACACUUUGGCCUUCAACCAGUCUGCCUUCCAGAGAAUAAGGAUACGUCCAAGAGUUCUUCGAGAUGUAUCUACCAGAGAUAUGGCUGUCACUAUCCAAGGAAGGGAGGUAAAAGUGCCGAUUGGGGUAGCUCCAACAGCAAUGCAGAAAAUGGCACAUCCUGAUGGAGAAUGUGCCAAUGCAAGGGCGGUCGGACGUGCUGGAUCAGUAUUUAUUCUCUCUACGCUAUCAACCUCCAGUAUUGAGGAAGUUGCUGCUGCAGCCCCUGAUACUAUUAAAUGGUUUCAAUUGUAUGUCUACAAAGACAGGGAGCUAACAAAGAAGUUAGUCGCUCGUGCUGAAGCUGCUGGAUUCAAAGCUCUAGUUCUUACAGUUGACGCCAGUGCAUGGGGCAUGAGAUAUGCUGAUGCUAGGAAUAAAUUCAUUCUUCCUCCUCAUCUCAAAUUGGCCAACUUCUCAGGAAAUUUAUCAUCAGGUGUCUCCGAAAAAACGAGUGGAUCAGCUCUUCAGAAAUACAUAGAAGAUGUUUUUGAUCUGAACAUCACUUGGGAUGAUGUAAAAUGGUUAAAAAGGAUAACUAAGUUGCCCGUGAUGGUGAAAGGGGUGCUGACUGCAGAAGAUGCUAAAAUAGCAGCUGACAUUGGCGUUGGAGGUGUUAUUGUUUCUAAUCACGGUGGCAGGCAGCUUGACACUUCACCUGCUUCAAUAGAAGCUUUGCCCGAAAUCAGUAAAGCAGUAGGAGAUAGAGUUGAAGUUUAUUUGGAUGGCGGGAUAAGAUAUGGAACAGAUGUUUUCAAAGCACUGGCCUUAGGAGCUAAAAUGGUGUUUGUUGGAAGACCGGCUGUUUGGGGUCUGACUUAUAAUGGAGAGGAAGGUGUGAAGAAAGUUCUUGAUAUCUUGGGCAAUGAAUUUGACACAACUUUAGCACUUGCAGGCUGUAGAAGUCCAGCUGAUAUAAGGUCAGAUAUGGUAACCCAUGAGAGCACCUACAGUAAGUUGUAAGACAGCUUUAAUACCUUUUAAAAAAAUUUUCAUUGAAUUUAUUGUAAAUGAAAAACUUUAUAAAAAGUGUAUCAAAAUUAUUGUUAUUGUAAAAGAAUAUAUUGUGAUAAUCAACAGCAUUAG